AAACCCUCGGGUUUGGUAUCUCUCUCAACCAUCGAUCACCCCUCGUCACCGCUUGCCACUAUCACCGCCAAUCACCCUCAUUGUUGGUCACUAGGCCUGUCACCGGGUCAGAGGAAGACGCUGCGAGAUGAAAUUAACGCUAUGCCACACCCGCUUCUUCCCUCAGUCAUAUUCUUCCCCGCCGCCGGCCCGGCUAACCGCGGCCUUUCAUCACAAAGCAUUCGUCACUACCGGAGUCUCCGUCGCGCUCUCGCUGGGGCUUUUCAUUGAUCCGCCAUCGGUCGCCUCCGAAUUUCCCUUAAAUCAAUCGCCCGCCGUUUCUCUGAUACCGAGGAAUGACAAGGACCAGCUAGAUUGCCGCCGAGACGAGUUGGAGCUGAACACGGAUGCGGUGGAAUCUGAACCGGUAACGGAUGAUGGAAUUGUGGCGGAGGCGUGGCAGAUUGUCAAUGAUAAGUUUUUCAGCACUGGCCGUGGCUCUUGGUCUCCCGAAUCAUGGCUUACUAAGAAAGAUGACAUCUUGAGUACACCAAUUCAGUCAAGAUCAAGAGCUCAUGACAUUAUAAGGCGGAUGUUGACCAGCUUGGGUGACCCCUACACACGUUUUCUUUCUCCUGCAGAGGUUUAAGGCUCAUUUACUUUGACUCAAUGUAUGCAGGAAAGCACAUAAAUUUACAGUCCCGAUGCACACAAAGGAAACAAAGAAUCAAAUGGCAUUUGACUGUUUUUCUAUUUCAGAAUCCUAACCAUUUUUCUUUCAUUAUAUUGCGCACACCUCACAUUAAAGCACAACUCGAGUUCUUGAGAGUGAACAUACAAUUUCCUUUAUAGCCUUUAGCCUAAUUGAUGGGCCAAUUUUGGUUUUUGGUUCAAUUUGAAUUUUUAUUUAGUUAUUAUUCAUCUCCGAUGGAGCCAAAAUUUCACCAUUUUUUGGCUUUGGAGUGUGAUGGAAUAAAUCAAAAUGGAUUUCUAAACUGUCUGCGCUUCUUUAAUUAAUGAAGUAGCAGUUAGUCAAGCAAUGCAACUUUCAACGUUGAGCCGGGGGUCUCUUUGGAAACAACCUCUCUACUUUCGAGUAGGGGUAAGGUCUGCGUGCACACACCCUCCCCAAACCCUACUCUUGUGGGAUUCAACUGGGUUGUUGUUGUUGUUCAUGCAAGAAUUUUGUCUUAUUUUAUGCUGAAGCUAGUGUGUUCUCAAAUUUAUCAGCAUGGAAUUUUAGGUUUUAUUCUAUGAAAAUUUAUGCUACACAUAGUUGUAUCCAUACCCUAUUUUUACAAAAUAUUUGUAUGUCGUACCACUCAUAUCCAAACAAACUAGGGUGUGUUUGACAGUUAAAUUGGGCCGAACUCACUUAGAUCCUCAAGAGAUGAUGUUUACUUCACAUUUAUAUACUAUACCAGAACCCAAUAAAUAACUAAUAUGGGUCUAUGGGAUACUUAAAAGUAAUGAAUAGGCUGGUUGCCAAUUACUUCGUAGAACAACAACCCAAUUGGAUCCCACCAGGGUGUGUGUACGCUGAUCUUGCCCGUACUCAAAAGUAGAGAGGCUGAUUCCAAGAGAGGUGUACAUAGACCUUACUCUGUAGUUCGUACUAUAUUUGUUAUUUUAUUUUUCAAUGCGGCUAUCUUGGGGUUGCGGACACAAAAAUUCAAUUUCUUAUUCAUUCGAUAUGAAGACAUAAUAUUUUACUUGCAAAUAAAAACACUAAUCUAGUAGAACAUUAAAGCAACAAAUCACUUUAAGAGACACUUUUUUCUGUUAUAUUCUUGUACGUUUGCACCAUUUUUUUAUUAAAUUGUCUUUAUAAUU